CGAUGCCACUACCAGCUACUUCACUCCAGUAAUUCCGGUCAACAUGGCAACUUUUUCCUCUCUCACACUUCUUCCUCUACCGAUUAUCAUCGUCGUCUUCUUAACCGUCUUAUCGUCUUCAUCACCACCUUCCUUUGCAUUACACUCUCUAAAUUUUCCCUCUCUCAAGCGGUCCCCGCGCUUCUUAGGCAAGUUCCCUCACACAAUCAAAACCCAACCACCCAAAAACAAUCAACAACAACAACAGUACCGGUACGAGACCCGAUAUUUCCGCCAGCAUCUCGACCACUUCGGCUUCUCCGAUCUCCCGAGCUUCUCGCAGCGAUACCUCAUCAACACUGAACACUGGUUGGGCCCGGACCGUCGAGGACCUAUCUUCCUGUACUGCGGCAAUGAGGGAGAUAUCGAAUGGUUCGCUGUUAACACCGGCUUUGUCUGGGAGAUCGCGCCCCGAUUUGGCGCCAUGGUUGUUUUCCCCGAGCACCGGUAUUAUGGGGAGUCAAUGCCGUUUGGAAGCAGAGAGGUGGCCUAUAAGAAUGCAACUACUUUAGCAUAUCUGACGGCGGAGCAGGCACUUGCUGAUUUUGCGGUUUUGAUUACUGACUUGAAGCGCAAUUUAUCGGCCCAGGCAUGUCCUGUUGUGCUGUUUGGUGGAUCCUAUGGUGGUAUGCUAGCAUCAUGGAUGAGGCUAAAAUAUCCGCACAUUGCCAUUGGCGCUCUUGCUUCCUCUGCACCAAUUCUUCAAUUUGAAGAUAUUGUGCCUUCAGCAACAUUUUAUGACAUUGUCUCAAAUGAUUUCAGGCGUGAAAGUACCAGCUGCUUUAUCACCAUAAAGGAAUCUUGGGAUGCAUUAGUAUCUGAGGGCCUGAAAGAGAAUGGGCUUGCGCAACUGAGCAAAACUUUCCAUAUGUGCCAGGAAUUAAAGAGUGUUGAAGAUCUUGUGGACUGGUUGGAAUCUGCUUAUAGUUAUUUGGCAAUGGUUGAUUACCCUUAUCCUUCAGACUUUAUGAUGCCUUUGCCUGGACACCCAAUAAGAGAGGUUUGCCAAAAGAUUGACAAUUGUCCUGAUGGAACUAGCAUUCUCGAGCGCAUUUUUGAAGGAGUGAGCAUCUAUUACAACUAUACUGGAGAAGCCAAUUGCUUUCAACUCGAUGAUGAUCCACAUGGCGUGGAUGGUUGGAACUGGCAGGCAUGCACUGAGAUGAUUAUGCCUAUGUCUAGUAGCAGGGACAAAAGCAUGUUUCGAUCAUAUGACUAUAAUUACUCUUUCACAAAAGAGUGGUGCUGGGAGAAUUUCAGGGUGAUACCAAGAGAGAGGUGGAUAACAACGGAAUUUGGCGGGCAUGAUAUCAAGACCACCCUGAAAUUAUUUGGAAGCAACAUAAUAUUCUCAAAUGGUUUAUUAGAUCCUUGGAGUGGGGGCAGUGUUCUGCAGAAUAUAUCUGAAAAUAUUGUCGCCCUAGUUACUGAGGAAGGUGCCCAUCACAUAGAUUUGCGAGCUGCAACUCCUACGGAUCCCGACUGGUUGAUAGAGCAGAGGGAAAUCGAAAUCAAACUGAUUGAGGGUUGGAUAAAUAGCUACUAUGAGCAAAAGAAAUCAAUAUUUAGCAUGUAGCUGACAACUACUGAGUUUGAUCCGUCUGUGGAGCAUUAGCAUUUGCUGCAUUGUUAUUCUCCCAGCAGUUCGCCAAAUUAUAAUAUUCUGGCUGCAAAACUUCGUAGAAAUCCUUGGAAUGUAAAUAUAAGCCCAUGGGUGCUCUGACUCUGUGUGUGUGUGUGUGUUUAUUCUCUUUUGCAAGAAUUAUAGCCUACUUUUUUUUUCCUCGUUUUUCUUCGGUUAGUGUUCAUGCAUGGACAAUGUUCCUAAUUGAAAAGACUGGCUUAAAGUAACUCUCUUGGAAUAUAGAUCUUGUAUGUUUGAAAUCGAAAAGAUGAGUUCAGAGCACUCAACUGCCAAGGUUUUUGCUUGUUAAA